UACAGAACCAUUAGUGCAAAUAAAACAAGGAGUAUUGAAUGGAAUUUAUAAACAAUCAAGAAAUGGGCAAAAUUAUUCAGCAUUUAUUGGAAUACCUUAUGCGCAACCGCCAAUUAAUGAACUAAGAUUUUCAGCACCAAAACCAGCAGAAAAUUGGGAUAGCAUAAGAUCUGCUAAAAAAUUUGGAAAUAUUUGCCCUCAAAUGGAAAAUAAAACAUUACUUGGAAAUGAAGACUGCCUAUUUUUAAAUGUUUAUACACCGUUUCUCAAUUUUAAAUUCCCAGUGAUGUUUUGGAUUCAUGGAGGAUAUUUUACAAGAGGAUCGAGUAACUCCUACACUGCAAGAUAUUUCUUGGAUAAAAAAAUUAUUUUAGUAACAAUUAACUAUCGAUUGGGCAUUUUUGGAUUUUUAUCAACUGGCGAUUUAACAGCACCAGGAAAUUUUGGAUUAAAAGAUCAAGUCCUAGCUUUAAAAUGGGUUCAAGAAAAUAUCAAAUCAUUCGGUGGCGAUCCGAAGCGAGUGACAAUUUUUGGUCAAAGUGCAGGUGGUGUGAGCGUUAAUCUUCUCGCAUUAUCGAGAGUAACUCAUGGUCUUUUUCAUCAAUACAUAAUCGAAAGUGGCAGUGCUCUAUGCCCGUGGGCUUAUCAGAAAAAGAAUAGUAUGGUCGAGCAUUUAAGUGAUAUUAAAACACUUGUGAAUUGUUCUUUUAACACGUCGGAAAAAAUUAUCGAUUGUUUGCGAGAAAAAAAUGUCAGUGAAUUACUGAGUACAAAGACUAUUUUCAAUUAUAUGUCACGAAUAGCAAAACUCACUUGGACACCUACUGAAGAAAAUGAUAAUAAUAAAGAUGCCAUUAUAACAGACGAUCCGAAAAAUUUAAUCCAUGAAAUGAAGGAUUUACCAUAUAUAGUUGGAGUUAAUGUAAACGAGGGAUUGCUUGUCACUGGCAUGUUCUAUUCCAAUUAUUUUCUAUUUAAUAUUCUCAAAUUAUUGCACGCAAAACUGAUUGGAUUUGUAGCUAGUCAUUAUUUUGGUGCGAAUGACAAUAAAAAAUUUAUUGACUUAGUGAAUCAAUUUUAUUUCAACAACACUUUCGAUGAUGAAUUAAAGUAUUUAAGAGCAAUAACAAAUUUCGUCACCGAUGGAUUUUUUAUCUAUCCAACAUUAAAAAUGUUACAAAAAGUAUCGCCUCAUAUGAAGAAUUUAAAUUACGCCUACGUUUUUGGCUAUCGAGGUGAAUUUAGUACGACAAUGUCAAUUACUGAUGACAAUAGAAAUAUCGGCGUUAAUCAUAUGGACGAACUCAUAUAUUUAUUUCCAAUAAAAUUUAUUUCGCCCAAAUUAAAGGACAAAAUUUUAACUGGACCUGAUUUUUUUAUAAGUGAAGUAAUGGUGAAUCUUUGGACAUCGUUUGCAAUAACAGGAAAACCAAAGGCAGAAGAAUUGAAAAAUCCCGAAAUUUGGAAGCCGUACACUACUCUAAAUAAUAGAUAUCUUCAAAUUGGAAAUAUACGAAAUAAUACAGAUCCUAGAAUUAUAUUAUCAACUUCAAUACUUCCAAAUCGUUUUAAAUUUUGGACAAAUCAUUGCCCGAUGUCAUUAAAGGAAAACAAAUACACUUAGAAAUUAUAUUUCCUACUGCUGAACAAUUUUUUAUAAUAUAGUUCGUAAUUUUAUAUUAAUUAAAUCUUCGAGAUUUAAUUUGAUAAGAUUUAAACAUAUCAAAUAUAAGAAAAUAAAGUUCUUUUUUUCAAUAAUUAUUCUCUUUAGAAAAAUAAUUAGAAAUUAAAAACUUAAUGUUUCAUUGAUUUAACGUUCAAUUUAAUAUUUAGACAUAGAAUAUCUAAGCUCACGUUUUUAGGUGAAUAAUAAGAUACUA